UAAAUAUCGUAAAAAAAUAUUUAAAACGUUCAACUGUUAUUAUUAUUUAUUAAAAGUACUAUAAACAGGAAUAAAACUAUGAUAAUCUAUUGAAAAAAACUCAUAACAAAAGUUUUUUCUCUAAAUUCCAACGUUCUUGGCAACACUUUUCUUUGACACACCACGCAAAUCAUCUGACACUAUCUGACAGUUCGAUUUGUUUUUAUCAGUGAUCCCCGAGCACCGCGUUCAACCGCGUUCUCUGUUUUCUGUACUCGAUCAAACACCAGCACCGCGUGUGCACGCGUACAAGCAAACCUAAACUCUGCCGUGUACAGUCUGUACGCGCACACGAACCUCGAGUUUAAAACCGAACCUUGCACCCCGGGUACAAACCUCGUGCAAGCCGACGACGCAGAAAAGAGACAAAAAUAGUUCCCUCACGCUCCCUCUGCUGUAAAGCGGUGUUUCAUUCUCCGCUGCAGUCACACUACAGUGUUUGCCACAGAGAGAGUGAGAAGCAGUCAUUUUUUCGUCUCUUUACACGUUCUUCGCUCGCACGGCGUUGUACCCGAAGUGUGCACCCCGUGUUUACACCGCGUGUAAACUUGAGUGCGCCGUGCGGGGAGAACUCGAACAUAGCAGCCUGGUGUGUUUGAGGUUCAUCUGCACUGAAAACUUGUACGGCGUGUACGGCGUGCGCGCGUUUCGGGAAGACUGGUUUUUAUUGUCAGCCGUGCCUAAAAAAAUCUCGUCUCGUUUUUUGAGAAUUUACGGUUCACGACAAGUGGAUUCCGGGACGCGUUCCGGCUGCGCAGGAAGUUGGGUGAAUCUCCGCCCAAGGAACAACCUGCUGAAGAAGGCGCGGAAGAGAAGAAGGAGGACAUUUCGGUGCAGGUGCAAAAGCAAGCUGAAGCGGCCAAAACGGAGAAGAAAAAGUUCCGGUUCGAGUCGGUGGACACUGGCGCGAAGAAUACUGCUUCAUCACGACGAUGCUGGGAGAUCCGACCGAACUGGCGCUCAAGAUCCUGCGGGACGCGGCCGAAACCAAGAAGCAAAAGAGCCUCUACAUUAUAAAGCCAGUGCCGAGCGAAGUGGUCACCAAGGCCAACCUGAAGGACAUCUUGGGCGGCGCCGGCAAGCUGUUCGAUCGGUACUUUCCGAAGUAACCGAAAACGUUCGCGAUGAUCUUCAACCGGCGGUUCAACAACGGACGAGGGCACGAUCAACGCGCUCGCCGAAAUGAUCAGCGCCAAGAACCGGGGCAACAAGACCAACCUGAAGCAUCCGGAGCUGUCGGUGAUCGUCGAAGUAAUCAAAGGGAAUCGUGCCGGAGUUUUUGAAGCUGUGAAUGUACAAUCUGCUGGAGAUUUGCACCCGGAAGGGCGAGGACGCCAAGUCGCAGGAAUCGACCGAGUCGGCGGAGCAGAACGGGAAGGAGUCUGGCAAGAAGGUGGCUGCUGAAAAUGGGGAGACAAAGGAUGGAGAAUAAAGAUCCAGCAAUAGACGAGGACGG